GCCGGGCGCCCCUCUCCGUGCCCGCGGCCGCGCAGCCCCGGGGCCGCUGCCGCCGCCGAGCUGGGCGCUGCCCGGGACCUCGCCGCCCCGCUCCCCCGUCCCUCCCUCCCUGCCUCCCCUUGCGGUGGGUUUGAACCCCGAGCGGGGAGGGGGAGGCGGAGGCUCCCCCCACCCCCUUCCAUAUCCCAUCGCCUCUCGCACAGGCGCAGCCGGUGCCGGUGCAGGGGGAGCCCCCGCCCGCUCGCCCUCCCGUGCUCAACCCCCGCCGCCUCCGGGGGUGGCGGAGCCUCCAUCUGCAGCCCCGGGAGCGCGGGAACAUGGCGGACCUGGAGGCGGUGCUGGCCGAUGUCAGCUACCUGAUGGCGAUGGAGAAAAGCAAGAGCACCCCGGCGGCCAGGGCCAGCAAGAAGAUCACCCUCCCCGAGCCCAGUAUCCGCAGUGUUAUGCAGAAAUACCUCGAGGAAAGGGGUGAAUUAACCUUCGACAAGAUCUUUCAUCAGAAAAUCGGAUUUCUGCUUUUUAAAGACUAUUGCAUGAAUGAGAUCGAUGAAGCUGUCCCUCAACUCAAGUUUUACGAAGAGAUAAAAGAAUAUGAGAAACUGGAUUCCGAGGAUGAGCGUCUAACCCGAAGUCGGCAGAUUUAUGACACGUACAUCAUGAAGGAGCUUCUGUCCUGUUCCCAUCCUUUCUCCAAACAAGCUGUAGAUCAUGUACAAACGCAUUUAGUCAAGAAACAAGUGCCAGCCAGCCUUUUUCAGCCAUAUAUAGAAGAAAUUUGCGAUAGUCUCCGAGGAAAAAUAUUUCAGAAAUUUAUGGAAAGUGACAAGUUUACAAGAUUUUGUCAAUGGAAAAAUGUAGAGCUAAAUAUUCAUCUGACAAUGAAUGAUUUUAGUGUACAUAGAAUAAUAGGAAGAGGUGGAUUUGGUGAAGUGUAUGGUUGCAGAAAAGCAGACACUGGGAAAAUGUAUGCAAUGAAAUGUUUAGAUAAGAAGAGAAUCAAGAUGAAGCAAGGAGAAACAUUAGCCUUAAAUGAAAGAAUUAUGCUGUCUCUUGUCAGUACGGGAGACUGUCCGUUUAUAGUCUGUAUGACCUAUGCCUUCCACACCCCUGACAAACUCUGUUUCAUUCUGGACCUGAUGAAUGGAGGAGAUUUGCACUACCACCUCUCCCAGCAUGGAGUGUUUUCCGAAAAAGAAAUGAGGUUUUAUGCUACUGAAAUCAUCCUGGGUUUAGAACAUAUGCACAAUCGCUUUGUCGUAUACAGAGAUUUAAAGCCUGCAAAUAUCUUAUUGGAUGAACAUGGGCACGUGAGGAUAUCAGACCUUGGGCUGGCUUGUGAUUUCUCCAAGAAGAAGCCACAUGCUAGUGUAGGUACGCAUGGAUACAUGGCUCCAGAGGUGCUCCAGAAGGGAACAGCGUACGACAGCAGUGCGGACUGGUUCUCCUUAGGCUGCAUGCUUUUCAAACUUCUGAGAGGUCACAGUCCUUUCAGACAGCACAAAACCAAAGAUAAGCAUGAGAUCGACCGGAUGACGCUCACCGUGAAUGUGGAGCUACCAGAUUCAUUUUCUCCUGAACUGAAGUCCCUUUUGGAAGGGCUCCUGCAACGAGAUGUUAGCAAGAGACUUGGGUGCCAAGGAAGAAGUGCACAAGAAGUAAAAGAACAUCCUUUCUUCAAGGGCAUUGAUUGGCAGCAAGUCUAUUUACAAAAGUAUCCUCCACCAUUAAUUCCUCCACGGGGAGAAGUAAAUGCAGCAGAUGCCUUUGAUAUUGGGUCAUUUGAUGAAGAGGACACUAAAGGCAUUAAGUUGCUUGAUAGUGACCAGGAAUUGUAUAAGAACUUCCCUCUGGUAAUAUCGGAGCGCUGGCAGCAAGAAGUAGCAGAAACUGUUUAUGAUGCAGUAAAUGCAGAUACAGAUAAAAUCGAGGCCAGAAAAAGGGCUAAAAAUAAGCAGCUUGGCCACGAAGAAGAUUACGCACUUGGGAAGGAUUGCAUUAUGCAUGGAUACAUGCUGAAAUUGGGGAACCCAUUCCUGACUCAGUGGCAAAGGCGUUACUUUUACCUCUUCCCAAAUAGACUUGAAUGGCGAGGAGAAGGAGAGUCACGGCAAAACCUCCUGACAAUGGAACAAAUAGUGUCUGUUGAAGAAACACAAAUUAAAGAUAAGAAAUGCAUCUUGCUGCGAAUUAAAGGAGGGAAGCAGUUUGUCCUACAGUGUGAGAGUGACCCCGAAUUUGUUCAGUGGAAAAAAGAGCUGACAGAAGCUUUUACUGAGGCCCAGAGGUUGCUACGUCGGGCUCCAAAGUUUCUCAAUAAAUCUCGCUCAACAGUUGUAGAGCUUUCAAAACCACCGCUCAGCCACAGGAAUAGCAAUGGUCUGUAGGAGAAACGGAACAAAGUUCACUUAGGGAAAGCUACUUCGUGGACAUGUUGAGUUUCACAGAAUCCUUAUGAAUUACUUUGUGCAAUCCUGGACGCGGGAUGUGCUUAGAAGACGAAGAAUUAGAUGUUUACAGCAUGGGAUAAUGUCAGAACUCUGUUUCUGGAGGUCGUGAAGACUGGAACAAUGGCAAGCGAAUUCAUGCUCCUAGCAGUGGUGGAAAUUACCAAACAUAGAGGCUGCCUAUUGCUCCCAUGCGUUCUUGCACCCUGGCGGUGCCUCAGACAUGGUCCGUUACUCCAGAACUACUGAUGGAAGGAAGAUAGUGUUUUCUCUGCAAUACCCACGUGUGGUGGGUACCAAGCUUGGAGACUGAAAUGGUUACUGCUGGCUGGGGUUAUACUUGCGUGUGCGAUACCGACAAACCCUCAACUGUGGAAGGAGCUGCAGACUUGCCAUGUUGGAUAACCUUUAAUCUGUCGUGUUGCCAUGUUCUUUCCAACCAUUACUGCUGACUUUAUAAUAACCUUUCUCCAUACUGCUGAUGAUCAACAGUGUGACUCUUAUGCACUUCAACGUACUGAAUUCUAACUGUCCUGUGGUUUAAAUGUUAUUGCUACUUCAUGGAAGCGUUGAACUCAAGUUAUUCACUUGGUUUGUUGUACUCACUAAUAGUACCUACCACCGUUUUGCUUCUUCUACGUAUAUGCAGUACUAUAACUGACACAAUAGAGUAAUAAUUGGUGAAGAGGAAUUUAUGGUAGCUUCAUCUAGUGCUCUGUUGUAUAAAUUGACUAUUUUAGCACAGUUUUUAAAGAGCAGAUUCCUUUUGACAAGUUUACAGUGAACAUAAAGACAGUUCUUUUCCAUUUCAGGUCAACUGCACUUUUUAAAUAUUAAAAAGAAGUUAUUCAAAUCCAAUGCAUUCUAGCGCAUGUACUGGGUUACAAUGUCUGGCUGCCUCGGUACGUAUUCUGGAUCACUCUUCGGUUGUGGGACAUGUGGAUCCUUCUCUGUUGUACACAAAAACCAUUAAGCAAGUGUGUUCUCAUAGCGUAGAUACCCCAGGCUGUCACCGUAGCUCAGCCCAGGAGGUUCACGCGCACAUCACACGGCGCAGCUUGCAAAAGGAGUUCUAAUUUUCUUUCCUAGAGAGUCCAAAACUGCCCACAUUGAAAACAGUCUGAGAGUUCUGAGGAUGGAGCUGGCAAAGGGAGCUGAUCAAAUGCCAGAUUUGUAUUAAUUCUACUUGAGACAUCAGUCAUGUCAUGUGGAAACCAUUGCUAAAGUAAAGACAUCAUCCCUUAAAUGUCUGAAAACUUUAAGCCUGUGAAGUCAGCCUUUCCCUGGUUAUCAUGAUGUUUUGUAAGAGAUGGGCCAAAGCUUAAGUUAGGCUUUUUUCUGAUUCACUAAACACCUUAGGGAAUAUUUUCUGCCCGGUUGCGGUGGUGCAACUUUCAUGGUCCCUAAAGACAAUGGGAAUUGCAUCUGCGUAAAUGGGAACAGCAGUUGCACUGACAGCUUCCUCUGUCCACCUCCUGUGUGCGGUUUGUCCAGUGUGUGCUGCCAGCAGAUAACCACACAGUUCUAGACUCGUUUCCUUGCAGAAAAGGUAUAAAUCGGCAAAAAUAGAAGAAUUAUUUUGAAAGCAUUUGUUUGUCCUGAACACACUUGUAAUGCAAUUGGAUGUAUUUGCUUCUAGAAGUGGGAGUGAUGUAACUCUGCAUAGCACGUGCUUUCACAGCGGUCUGAACUCUGUCUUAUCGUCUGGUGUCGCCUAAAAGGAAGAGUACUGCAUGUGAGCCAGGGGAUAGCUUUUAAUAAUUUUCCCCCUGUUUAUUUUUCAAAUUACUCUGUGUAGAGAGUUCCAGCUUCUCCAUCAUUCGUACUGGUAAGUGAUGUUUAGCAUCUCAGCAUCCUCUGUAAGGAGCAGUAGUGGUGUUUUACUGAGGUUUAGAAUAGAAAAUAUGUACUGGCGCUGGCUGUGCACUGGAUGUUGUUGAGCUUUUCCUACAAUACCGUGCGAUGCUCUUAUUUUUCUUCUUGUUUUGCAAAAAAAAACCCCUCAGAACGUGCUAAAAGCUGCUUUUAGUUCUCAUGUAAGUUGUUCUUAGUUAUCAGUUCCAUUCUUCUCUUUUAUGCUUAGUCCUUGUCGGCAGAGUUCUGCGGUUUCUGAUGAGGAUUCCGUGGAUUCUGGAGAGUGAUGUCUGUGAGGAGGGGAAGGGACAGCUCUGGAAUUAGGACAUUGUGCCUCGAACCCAUAGAUUUUAUAUGAAACGAAGGCUUACUGACUUACAGAAAUGUGUGCAUUUUGAAGGGCAGCGGUGCUGGGAUGGUCCUGGAACAUGCUGGUUGGUGUGGUCCUUAUUCCCUUGUGCAGACACAUGGCAGCUGAGCCAUGCUGUAGGUCAGCACUGCUUGGCAGUGUCAAAGGGGAAUGGAAUAGGAAAAGAACUAUAAUCCUUAUUUUUCCUUAGUCAGCUGAUUUAUGGAAAGUUUAUAAAAGCUUUUUAUCUGUGACUCACCUACAGCAGCGCUGUUAGGAGAUUCCUGUAGCCAAAAACUCACGCACACCUUGGGGAUGUUGGGAUCCCAGUUACAAACGAGGUUCUGCGUGGAAGGGACUGGAUCUUCUGGUGUGGGGGGAGAGCUGGAAUUCUGCCCCCCAAAGCAAAAUAUUGGAUACUGCUCUGGGCUGAUUGUUGCUGGUUCAGUACCAGAUUUCCUGAAGCUUUUUCUUGGACAGAGAUUCUUGACGGUAUUAUUUUACAGGAGGGUCUUUAGCUGCUUGUGUAGGAAAUCUUGUUGAACGCAGAGUGUAAGGCAUGGCGUUGUCUUUUACAGAUUUUGACCACAUUUGUAGGAGUCUUCUUUUUUGUUUGUUUUUUUUUAAUAUUGAGGGAAGUAAAGAUAAAAGAACUUAGAGCUCCAGGCAUCAACAGUGCUGAGUGAAUGAUUAAACACGGGCUUUUAAACAAAUUAUCUGGAAGUCCUCUUAAAAAAAUCAGCAGUACUGGUGAUUUACGCAUGUACAGGAAUUGUUUCUUAUGUUUCAAAUAGAGAAUUACGUGUCAGUGAGAGCCGUAUUAAACACUCCCCUGACACAUCCCUAUGCCUGUGGUGCUGUGGAGAUUAGUGUCUAAUUAUUCUUUGUCUCUGACGUACAAGCAGUAAGACUGGAUCCUGGAAAGCGAGUGCAGGAAGCUGAGUGGUUUCUGCAGAGCUGGGCUCAGGAUCGCAGUGACUUUUAGGAGAGCUCCAUCUCUGUCCCAUGUGCUUUCCCUUUGCCUUUCCCUCCAGUCUGAGGUAGGGUGGUGGUUUCGAUGUGUGGGAGUUGGUGUAAAUGAAUGUCUUGCUUCAGGAAUAGGAAUAGAGCAAAUUCUAGCCAAAACCAAGCUUUUGUGAGUUGAAAUUUAAGUGAAUUAUUCCUGCUGCGAGCAGAGUGUGACUGAGGAACUUGUUGAAGCUGGGCAUGAGCUUGGCCAGUGCUCUGCAGUGUUCCCUGGAUGCGUCUCAGCUGAGAUGUCCCAUCUCUGCAGGUAUGACUUGGGCAAUUGUUAUUGAUAUUUAUUUGGUAAUUAUUUUGCCAAUUCAUGAAGCUGCUAAAGGAACAUUUAGUAGGUUUUUUUUUACAUCCUUCAUCUAAGUCUAGGCCAUCCAGUUUUCCAAGUAUAAAAUCUUUGUAUAAGCUGUGUUUGAGCUUUAUGUCUUGUCACUGGUCCAGCAGUGUCUGCGGCUGCAGUCUCUCGAGUUACAGCUCAGCGGCUGCUGUGAGAUAAGCCUUGAUGGUGUGAAUACUGGAGUUGAUCCAGCUUGCAUUGACAUUCCCGGUAUGUUCCUCCCCGAUAGGCUUCAAAAACAAAGACUGUGAGUGCGCUAAUAAUAGUUGGAUGUGUGGAGGGGAAGCCUGGCAGGUAGGGACCGUGCUGUGCUGGCUGUGUCAGGGUGAGGGCAUGGAGCUCCAGGAGGGACACCUCAGCUUAGACGCCUUCCAGUUGUCCUUAAUUUCAACAGCUCUGCUUUGAAAGCACAGCAGGAGUUGUGCUUCUCCCACUUCUAACAAGGGGAAAAAACAGAAAUACCAUCAUUGUGUUGGGUUUGGUUUUAAUGUAGAUUCAUAGAAUCGCAGAAUGGUUUGGGUUGUAAGGGACCUCAAAGCCCAUCCAGUCCCACCCCCUGCUGUGGGCAGGGACACCUCCCACUGGAUCAGGGGCUCCAAGCUCCAUCCAGCCUGGCCUUGAACACCUCCAGGGAUGGGACAGCCACCACUGCUCUGGGUAACCUGGGCCAGGGCCUCCCCACCCAUGUGUAAAUGCAGGUGUUUGCAGUCCAAUGCAUAGAUGAUAGGAAAAUUUGUGCAUCUGAUGCCAAAAGCAAUCCUGUUUAUCCCAGUUGUGAUCUUUUACAAGUGGGUGCUGGUGAUGUCCAGUAGAACCGCUCAGGGUGCCGAUGUUGGGUCAAGCCCCCAGUAUGUGUGGUGACUUUAAUGUAGAAUGGUUUGGGUUGGAAAGGACUAUAAAGCCCAUCCAGUUCCUUGGAUAUUCUCAGGGGCAGGGACACCUCCCACUGGGUCAGGUUGCUCCAAGCCUCAAACUUGCACAUUAAUGUCUUUUGUGUUAAAUUAGCUGAUGAAAAUAGAAGUACCUGGAGCUCUGUGUUGCUCUUCUCCUGGCAGCUGGUCACUUCUAGGACCAGAUUCUUCUGUGCUGUCACAUAGGUAUCUACAUACCGCGGGUGCCGGCGAUGGCACAGUGGUUCCACUCUUCCUCACAUGGCAGAUGGCAGCAAUGCAGAUCCUUUAACUCUGAAAUGCUCACACUCUUAAUGUAUAUGGAGGAAGGACUAUUUUGAAGUGUACAGUAGAAAGUAAAUAAUUCUAGUUGUGUUGAUUAAUAUACGGAACGAGUCAAUUCUGCAAAGUAAAGAGAAAACUCUGAAAAGCGUAUUUUGAAAAAGCAAAGUAUUAAUUUUAAUAUUGUAAAAAAAAAAGGAAGAUAUCUAAACUAUACAGAGAACAUAUGUAUAUCCCAAUGUCUGAGGGAUUUCAAGAUAAUCUACUUUUGUUUUUAUUGAUUUCUAUUCCAUGAUGUACAUAUUGUGUGGAUUGAACAUUGGCUGGUUUAAUACUAUUGUCAAAUUGUAUUUUUAUUUUGUGUUAAACUAAUCAUCACAGACUCAGCUUUAUUUUGUUUACGUAAAGGUUGCUAUGCUAUGUAGGGAUAAACCGGAGAUUUCUAUUUUAACAAAAAAAAAGCAUUUUAUAUUAUUUAUUAAAUACGUGUUUUCUCCAACUUCUGACAUUCCACAGAGUUUCUGCUCUGCAUCUGUAUAGAAACGGCAGUUCCUUUCAAGCGGGAUCAGUCAGCUUUAUUCUGUUUUUCAUAAUAAAAGUCGAAAUAGCUUCAGUCAGUCCAUUUAGCUUAUCCUUCUGUGAGAGCAUAGUGACUUCCAAGUGCUGCCAGAGCUGUCUUGAAGUGCAGUGAAUGCUGAAACCCCUGAAAAACUCUUGCAAAUAAACCCCCUGGAUUUGAUUUCUAAAUUUCCACUUUAUUCCUCGGUAUUCCGGAGACCGGGCUUUUAUUUACAUGUGUCUGCAUGAGGUUAAUGAGAAUUAAUGACCCCAAAUUGGGGCAGGGAAUCAGCUUGACUUGUGAAAAAAAACCAGAUGUCAGCUCAGAUAUUUGCAAAGCUCUGAUUCCAAGGGUAAGGACUGAGUGGAAGGGCGAGCCUGGAGAGGCUGCGGAGCUGCAUGCUGGAGCAGGGCUGGUACAGCUCUGCUCCGAGCAGUGGCUUGUGUCGGGCUGGUUUGGAUUUAGAGCAGAGAAGAAUGGGCAUCAGUGGUUGCAAAAAUGUGUACUGGAGGUGUUUUUUAUGGUGCAGGACUGUUCGCUGCCCCCACGCUGCAGCCGAGGAGGAGGAGUUGGACCUCCGUGGCACCUGGAGUGUUGAGGUGAACCUGCGCUCCCCCAGCCUACGAGCAGCGGUGGGGCAGGAUCAGCCCUGCUGCCAUCCUUCACAGCACAGAGAGAACCAGUGGGUUCGCUCUGCCUGCCAGAUGCGUUUGUUGGAGCGCUGCUACCUCCAGGCACAGCUGCAACUUGACCAGGCACCUCCUUCCCCAGCAAGGUACAGAAAUAGCCCGAAAUUCAUCAGAUAACUCAUUUGCUAAAAAUAAUUCCAGUUGCAGUCGUGGCCUCUGCAGUUUGAGGGACGCUGAAGGUAUUGCAGCACAUGCUUUUAAUUUCCACUGGGGUGGAGCUCGAAGUAUGUGCUCUUCAGGGCUAAACCGAAUGACAGCUCGAGGGUGAAAUGUGGCUUUUGCCAGGCACGUGCUGAAGCCGCCUCUUCUUGAGACGCUGUCUGAAGUCGGGCAGGGGUGCCUGCUUUUCCCCUCGUAGUAGUUCUUGCCUUGUUUUCCACUUUCCCCUCUCAUGCUUGCCUGAUUGUGUUUUUUUCCUGUGGCUCAAGACUGCUCUGUGGU